CGAUCAUAUGUUUUCUCAUUUUCGUUCGACCGACCCAACCUAUUAGACGGUGACGCUCUUCUCUGUAUACGUACUGUCAUUAUUUUGAUUCGAGAGUUUACUUCUCUCUCUCUCCCUCUCUCUCUCACUCUCUCUUUCUCUCUUUCUCUUUCGCUCUCUCUCUCUCUUUCUCUUUAGUACGCAGCCGAUAUAUCAUCGAAUUUACGCGUCGCGUAAUAGUUUAUAACUUCUCCAUAUAAAAAUGAGUUUCACACCGAGAACUUUCAAAGAGAAGCGAUCCUUCGCGCAAAGAGUGGCAGACGUGGAGGCUAUAAGAGAGAGACAUCCAAAUAAAAUUCCUGUAAUAGUCGAACGAUUUCCAGGGGAAAGACAAUUACCAAUAUUGGAUAAGACUAAAUAUUUGGUACCAGAUUUCUUAACGGUUGCAGAAUUCAUAAGAAUCAUCAGACGUAGACUACAGUUAAAUCCUACGCAAGCAUUCUUCUUGUUGGCUAAUAGAAGAAGUUUGGUAAGUGCUAGCAUGACUAUGUUGCAACUUUACCAAAAAGAAAAGGACGAGGAUGGGUUCCUUUACAUUGUGUUUGCCAGCCAAGAAGUAUUUGGUCAUUAGUCAAUAAACAUCUAAUUGCGAGUUAAUACGAUAAUGUAAGUGAGUUUCAAAAGGAUGGAAACAAACUCGCGUUAAUCGAUUUCCAUAUUGUUUUAGAUAAAAAUAAGUUUUACGGGACUUAAUCUAUACGUAUAUAUCGGAUAUUUUCACAAAAUACUAGAUUUUAAUCAUAGAUCUGCUGUUACGUGUUUGCCUUUAAACCGAAUGCGCAGAACCCUUGUGAUCGACUCGCAGUACCUGUCAAAAUAUUUAACGGAACAAUCAUAUUUGAAAUUUGCAUCUGAAAUCGUCAUGGUGCUUGGAAUCUUUUGCAAAUAAAUCCAUAGUAUUCGAAAUAAGUUAAGAUUUAGGAUGAAUUUAGUUAAUUACCGAUCUUUGGCUGAUGCUAUUACCCUCUAUGGCAACACGCUUAACCGUGAUAAUAUAAUUAAAAACGAUACUUUAUAUACUUUAAGGAACAUAUAUGUAUUCGAAUUUCAUGCAAAACGAUAGUUGCUUAGAUUCUGUGUCGUCUAAUCAGAAUCCACCAACUUAUAUCUUGCAUUCGUAAUGCAAAUUUAGUAACUUAUGUGCAUCAUUCGUAUAUUGCAUAGUAUAGUGUGAUACUUGUGACACUUUAUAUAUCAUACAAGUGAAAUGAAACGUUAUUUUUUCCAUACGUUGAUCGCGAUAUACAUAUGUACGUAUGUAUGUCGUAUAUAUAUAUAAUAUACAUAUACCCAUAUGUAUCUUCUAUACAAUGGACUCUCGUAAUGAGUAAUCGUUAUCGUUUAAAUGUGAUGAAAAUGUCAAACAAAGUCGGUUCUUAUCGAAGUUAGGUGACUUUACGUUCGCCUCUAUUCGUAGCCUUGCUGAAUGCACGUUCCCUCAAACGAGCAUAAAUAAAAUGCUGCGAAUUCAUUUCUGUGGUAUAUUCACCAUAUCGUUACCGUAAUAUCCUUAUUCGGAAAUGCUGCAAUAUUUGUGGAAGUGUUCAUGUACAUAAUAUAUAUACAAUGUGAUGUAUAUCGGAUAUUAGUCCAAGAACCUCUGUAUCCUUAUUUCGAGUUCGGCUUUGAAAGCACUUUCUGUAUUUACAUCCGUCGAUCGAAAUGGUGCUUUUAACGCGCAGAGCGAUGUUCGAAUAGUGGCCUUAGAAUCUAAAUUAAGACUGGGCAUUAAAUAUGAAUUUCUUUAUGUCAAGUAAUUCUUUGAAACACAUAUAUAUACAGUUAAUCGCGCCGAUCGGAACAAACGGUCUUGGACAAUCUUCCAAACUGUAAUUUAUCAUUCUUAUGAUUACUGUAAAUGAACUAAAAGGAUAAGAGUACCUGUUACAAAAAAAGGAAAAAGAAUUAUAAAAAUAGCUUCGAUUAUAUUUAUUAAAUGAUCUCUAGCAAUUCUGCAACAAAACGAUUGACGGAAUAUAAGGACAAAACCGUUUGUCAUAUCGUUGGCAAUAUCGUCAUCUUAUAUAAUGGAACCAAUUUAGCACUAUGAUCGUUAGCGAAAAUUACGUUAUACAUAUAUAAGUAUAAACUCGGAGUACCCAUAUUUUCUUUUUCUUCGAAAGUAAUUGAUAUUGUACGAAAAUUUAUCUUAUAGUUUCAAAGAAGUUUGAAAUUUUUUAUACAAAGAAAGAUAAAUAUACUUAACCUGCACCAUCAGAAGUUUCACGUACAAAGUUAUAUUCAGUGCAUAUACAACUAAAUAUAUAACAAAUAGUAAUUGUUUAAUUAUUACUAUUAUUAUUAAUAUUAUUUUAAUUAAUGAAAUUUCCUUUAUAUCGUUUCUAUUAUAUGUAUACCACCUAGAGUGUACUCUCUGCGAGUGUAAUAAAUAUAUACGCAAUAAAAUUUUGUAGAUCCAAAAAUUUACUCUGUAAAGAGAA